CCAGAAGCUGCCUUGAGGAGCCGCCGCGCGCCGCCGUCUUCGCGUGCUCUUCGCGGGACUUGGUCUGCUUCGCGAAGAGAAAGCGGGCGACGCCGCGACCCUGCCUUCCGUUUGGAGUAGCCGCCGCCGCUUUCCACGCGGCUCCAUCCUUCCACCUCACGCGCCUGCAUUUUCCUCCUGCAGCGUCCCGACCUCACUCAGCCCAGGUUUGGUUUGGAUGCCCCUUUCUGUUAAUCUGACCUGUCCAUGUAAAGAACACCCUCCUGGAGAAAUGCUGAAAAUCACUGGGCUCCCCCCUUCCAUGGAAAACUGAAUGGAAUCUGGUGUUAAUCUGUGAAAGGAGAUCCCUAGAAUUUAGCUGCAGUGAUGACUUCUGAGGAGAAGGGUCUAUCUCCUGCUCACAGAACCUCCACACCAUCACAUAAAAGUGACUCCUCUUCCUCAUAUUCCCAGUGGGAGAGUAGGCAGGGUGGCCAUGUGUUCGAGCGAAAUGCUUCUUCUGGAAGCACAGACUUGAUUAUUGGGAAACAGUUGUUAGAGAAUGAACCAGUCACUGUAUCUAAAGAGCCAGACAACUGGGAAAUUAUAGAAGGCUUGAAAAUUGGUCAGACUAAUGUUCAGAAGCCAGACAAACAUGAAGGAUUCAUGCUAAAGAAAAGGAAAUGGCCUUUAAAAGGUUGGCACAAGCGCUUUUUUGUUCUGGAUAAUGGAAUGUUGAAAUAUUCAAAGUCACCAAUUGAUACUCAGAAAGGAAAGGUUCAUGGGAGCAUAGAUGUGGGGUUAUCAGUUAUGUCGAUUAAAAAGAAAGCACGUAGGAUAGAUCUUGACACCGAGGAGCAUAUCUACCAUUUAAAAGUAAAGUCCCAAGAUUCAUUUGAUGCUUGGGUGUCAAAGUUGCGCCAUCACAGAUUAUAUCGUCAGAAUGAAAUUGUGCGAUCACCACGGGAUGCCGGUUUCCACAUAUUUCCUUCAACUUCAACCACUGAAUCUUCACCAGCUACUAAUGCCACAAUGCUGGAAGCUAAGGUGUCGCAGAAUAAUUUCCCCUGGCAACCGCCUAUGCCUUGCAGUAGCAGCCUACCUGCAACAUGUACUACUGGCCAAAGCAAAGUAGUUGCUUGGUUGCAGGAAUCAGAGGAGAUGGACAAGUGUGCAGAAGAUCUUGCACAUUGUCAAUCAAAUCUUGUAAAACUCAGUAAAAUUCUUCAGAACUUAGAAAUUCUUCAGAGAACUCAGUCAGCACCAAGCUUCACAGAUAUGCAGGCUAACAGUGUAGAUAAGAAAGACAAGCGUGUUACAAGAAGAUGGAGAACAAAAAGUGUGAGCAAAGAUGCUAAAAUACAGCUUCAGGAAGGGACAGCGCUGAAGGGCCAAUUCGGUACUGCACGGCGCCGGCAGAGACUAGCAGCAGCAGUGGCUACAACAGUUCCUUUCAGUGCUACAAUGUCUCCUGUUCGCCUACAUUCAUCUAAUCCUAACCUUUGUGCAGACAUCGAGUUUCAGACCCCACCAGGUGAUGUAUCUGAUCCUUUGGAAAACUCCACAGACUACAUAAAACUCCAGGAAGAGUUUUGCCUUAUGGCCCAGAAGGUACAUUCUCUUUUGAAGUCUGCAUUUAACAGUAUAGCGAUAGAAAAGGAAAAGCUGAAACAGAUGGUAACAGAACAUGAUUUCACGGGACACAAUACACAGAUGAUACGUCUCCGACAAUCACUUUCUCAGGCUCUCAACCAGAAUGCUGAACUAAGGAGUCGCUUGAGCAGAAUACAUUCAGAGUCUAUUCUUUGUGAUCAGGUUGUCAGUGUAAAUAUUAUCCCUAGUCCUGAUGAGACAGGUGAACAGAUCCAUGUCAGUCUCCCACUUUCCCAACAAGUUUCUAAUGAGAGCAGGCUCUCCAUGUCUGAAUCUGUCUCUGAAUUUUUUGAUGCUCAAGAAGUGCUUCUGUCUGCAAGCUCAUCAGAAAAUGAGGCUUCUGAUGAUGAAUCCUACAUUAGUGAUGUGAGCGACAAUAUAUCUGAGGACAACACUAGUGUUGGAGACAAUAUUUCUCGGCAAAUAAUGAACGGUGAACUAACAGGAGGUGCUUUCAGAAAUGGACGAAGGACAUGUCUUCCAGCACCCUGCCCUGACACUAGUAAUAUUAAUCUGUGGAACAUUUUGAGAAAUAAUAUUGGGAAGGACCUUUCCAAAGUAUCAAUGCCUGUAGAGCUCAAUGAGCCUUUGAAUACUUUGCAGCACCUUUGCGAGGAACUGGAAUACAGUGAACUUUUGGACAAGGCUGCUGAAACCGAUGACCCCUAUGAACGUAUGGUUCUUAUUGCUGCCUUUGCAACUUCAGGAUAUGCUUCCACUUACUACAGAGCAGGAAGCAAGCCUUUUAACCCUGUUCUUGGUGAGACUUUUGAGUGUAUCAGGGAAGACAAAGGAUUUCGAUUUUUCUCAGAGCAGGUUAGUCACCACCCACCCAUUUCUGCCUGUCACUGUGAAUCAAAGAAUUUUGUGUUUUGGCAAGAUAUUAGAUGGAAAAAUAAAUUCUGGGGAAAAUCAAUGGAAAUAUUGCCAAUUGGAACUCUGAAUGUGACACUUCCUAAAUAUGGUGAUUGCUAUGUUUGGAACAAAGUCACUACUUGCAUACACAACAUCCUGAGUGGAAGGAGAUGGAUAGAGCAUUACGGAGAAGUAACCAUCAGAAAUACAAAAAGCAGUGUCUGUAUUUGUAAGCUCACAUUUAUCAAGGUGAAUUACUGGAAUUCUAAUGUAAAUGAGGUUCAAGGUGUUGUCAUGGACCAAGAAGGAAAAGUGGUGCAUCGCCUUUUUGGAAAAUGGCAUGAAGGAUUAUAUUGUGGAGUUGGACCUUCAGCAAAAUGUAUAUGGAGGCCAGGCUCCAUGCCGACCAAUUAUGAGCGUUACUAUGGUUUUACAAGGUUUGCCAUUGAGCUGAAUGAGUUAGACCCUGCACUGAAAGACCUUCUUCCAAAAACAGAUGCACGAUUCAGGCCAGAUCAAAGGUAUUUGGAAGAAGGACAUUUAGAAGCAGCAGCAACAGAAAAACAAAGAAUUGAAGAAGUCCAGAGAUGCCGGAGACGUUAUUUAGAGGAAAACAAUAUGGAACACGUAGCCAAUUUUUUUAAGAAAGUUAUUGAAGCCAAUCAAAAAGAAACAUGGGUUUCUAAUGACACCUACUGGGAACUCCGAAAAGAUCCUGGCUUUAGUAAAGUAGAAACAGUAAAACUCUGGUAAACCAAGAAUGUAGAUCUAGUAACAUAGAACUCUUAAAAAAAAAAAGAAAAAAACCCACUAUGCACAACAUGUUUCUUAGAGCUGAUGGUGAUUUGUGGGUCUGCUGGAAACCUUCCUUUGCUUUUAUGCUCAAUUUAUAAUGGACUUCCAAAAGUGCAUUGGCCCAGAUUCUGAACAUUUCUGUGAUCAUGAAACUGAAAAGAGGGAAGGAAAAUGCCCAGGCCUUUUAUUUAUUCAGAUACGGGAAGUGCAGCAUAAGAGAAGCAUGUACCAAUUUGGCCAAAGAUGCUUUGUGGAGUAUCUGGUGCUUUAAAUAGACAUGAAGAGUUAAAAAAUAAAACAAAUCUUGUUACAACUAACGUCUAGGCUGUCUACACAUGUAGUUAUUGAAUCUGGAUUCACAUUACAAUACUUGUUCAUUUCUAGUGUCAGGUUGGUUUUUUGAUGUGUUGUGCUUGGACUGGCUGUAUCAAAAAAAAAGACAUAAUGCUUUUCUAGAAGCUCUUCCCAUUCAUAUGCCAUUUUUCAUGCCUUAAAAACAAUGUCAAGUUGUACAUUGUUAUUUUAAAAUAUGUAUUAUUUGUCAUUUCUCAAGGGCAGAUUUUUAAAGCACUAGGAUUUUUGUUCAUAUUUUAAAUAAUGGAUAAAGUGUAUUAUUUAUGGCAAAUGAACUCUAAUUGUAAAGCAAAAUGGUGAACUGGGAAUGUUUUAUCUUUGCUGGUUGUAAUUGUAUAGAUAGGUUGAAAGGAAACUGGCUAAUUCAGUAAUGACCUUGGGAAGUUAAUCUAAGCUCAUGUUCUCAGUACCUAAUGCUGUGAUAAAUAUACCAUCUCUUACCAUGACUUCUCAUAGCUUUACCCUGUCUCAUUUUCAUAACCCUUUAUAGAACUGAAAUUCCCUAAAACUUCGCAUGAAUGUUAAGCACAUCUUUUAAAGCUAGAAAAGCGUCCUGCAGGGGUAUGAUCAUCCUGAUAACAUACAUAUUCAUGCUUUAUUAUGUACAUUAUGUACUUCUGUUCUCACCUCUUUGGGAUUUUUUGGGAGAAGCAAUGUGACACAUGCACUACUUUCUCAGUUGAAUCUUGCUAAUAUCGUUUUUAUGCAAAAUUAUAUUUUAUUGCUUUUUCAUAAAGCAAUUAUAUUUUUGGAAGAAGAAAUGACCUAAAUGGCUAUUAUGUAGCACAUUUUGAUGUAUAUGUGGAAAAACCCUGGAUGACGUCUCUCUCAAAAUUAAGUGUAGUUGGUUAGCAUGCUUUGCUAAAAUCAAUAUAUAAGGUAAAAAUCUUAAUGCUUUCUAAUAGAACCUUGUCUUUCAUUUAUGUCCAGUGAUUUAAUUUAUUAAUACCUUGGACACUGGCAAUAGAAAAGAUUUUCUUGUAUAUAUUUCAAAAAUAACAUUUCUGUAUAUUCAUGGCACAUAAUUUUAUAUUUUAUUGAGUGCAUUUUAUUGCUUUUCUGUAAAGGCACGGAGGUGACUAUGAUUUCCCAAGAGCAAAUGAACAGUAUUUAAUUACCUAGUCUAUGUAUUACUAAUCUUAUUUCCCCCAUGUCCAUUUCUGCUCAACAAGCACACCUGUCUAAGGGACAGCCUGGUUGAAAAUAGGGCCUUAACUUCCUGAAGUUACUUCCAAUUGAGAUGCACCAUAUUAUCUGGACAUUUAUUAUCUGGCUGCAAUUUCUCUCUGAACUUCAGUUGUAACUUGGGAUCUCUUGGGUUUGACCAAGACUUAAAAUAUGCAAGAUGUUCUAGUAAGAGCCUCCUGAAGUACAGGAGGCGAGUGUUCUGUUUGCUGAUAUGUACAUUUCAUUCAAACUGAAAAAGAAUUAGAAUGCACGAGAUAAAAUAUACAUGGACUCUUACAUGGUCCUUAUACAGCAGGAGCUGUUAGCAUGUCAUUGUCACAUUGGGGAUUUUGUUAAUGUAGUAAUCCUUACAUGUUAUUAGUUUAGUCAAUCUUGGUAAGAUUGGGAAGAAGGAAUGCCUGUCUACCCCAUAUUUUGUAUUCAGUCUGCAAUUUACCUCCCAGGAUUUUGUUACUAUCUCUUCAAAGACAGAAUUAUUAAUAAAAAUUAUAAAUAUUAAUAAAUAUUACAAUUUAGCUAAAUGUACAGACCACAUGUUUAACAAGGUCAGUAAUGAAUCAAGCUAACUUUCAGAUAACAUGCUGCCCCCAAAUAACAUGCUAAGCUUGAUUAGUUUUAAGCAUGGCUAGCAUGUUAUUUGAAGGCAGGCCAUUUGGUUAGUUUAUAAUAUAUUGUGCAAACCCUGAUAAUCAGUACAUUUAGAUAACCAGGCUGAGCCUGUUCUAUGAACCCAGUCAUUACGCUAAGAGGCUAAGCUCCAAAUUCUCACUUGUGUUCAUAGAGCAAGCUUGAUCUGGUCCAACGGGUUAUUUAAAUCUAUGAGACUAAGCUGUUUCCUUUCAGGAGUGCAAAAUGUGAAAAAGGAGUAAGAAAUAGUAAGCAAAAGAUAAGACAUGAGAUAAGGAGAACAUGAAUAUAGCUAAUUCUAUUUACACCCACAGAAUUCACUAUAACUCUCUAUACUUUUCUAUCCUUGCAAACCGUCCUUGCUUCCAGUACAUCCAUAUACCACUUCAUAUGCUGCCUUUGUUUUUGAAACUUCUCACCUGUAUCUUCUUGAGGGUUUCAUUAGCUCAUUCAGCCAUGAUUUUUUUUGGUAUUCCCCUUCAUUUCAACCCAUUUACUUUUCCGUCAUACAUUUGUUUUGC